GCCGCGCGACAGGCUCCGCACACGUCGGAUGAAACCUCACACGGACUCUGAACAUUCACACGUUCGAACAGAAUUGUUUCUUCCACACGUACCGGGACGUCGGUCGACUGGUCGGGGUUUGUUUUCGCUGGAGAGCUCACACGAACUCCUCUCCUGGUGGACACCAUCUUGCACGCUGCCACCGGCGGCUGCUACCCUUCCUCACUUCCGGUUUGCAGGCCAGACGUGGCGGACCGAGUGAAGAGCCAGGCCCGAGCAGUCGAUCGCAGAGCUGACCGCAGCCCGUGAAAGGCUCGUUCACUGCGGGGCUGCGGGCAACUCGUCCACUUUGCUUAUCUGUUUAAUACGUAUGCUCUUGUGUUACUGCUUAAGAUGUCAUUAUUCAUAUACAAACUCUUUAAUAGGCGCUGAAGACCGGAUGUAGAGCGUUGCUAAGCAACCCUCAGCUCCCUGCUGUAAACUGAGGCAGGGAGAUGAGGAGCAAAUUGAGCCUGGGGCAGAAUUAAUGUUAAAUGUUGUCACGGUAAUUCCUCAUAAUUCAGGGAGUUGUGUGUUGAUGAGUAAUUCAGAGAGCAGCUCCGACCAGAGGACUCCAGGACAACAACAACAACAUGUCAACACGGGAAGAACCGGCGAAUCUCGGCAAAGUGCUGAGUUUCCUCCGAGAGUGGGACCGCGGUGACAGGACGGUCCGCGGCCGCAUGUUGAACACCUUCCUGAGUCAACACAAAGGGAAAAGCUUCUGUGAGCUGGAGUGUGAGUUUGCGCAGGUGUCCAGUCUGUUUCUGGCUCGACUCACCACCUGGAUGAGACUCACAUACAUGUUUGGGACGUGCUUGGGACUCCAGUUAAGUGCAAUUGGAAUUUUCCUGUCUGCAUCAGGCCAUGAUCAAUACCUGGUGGAGUUCCUGGAGGAUGGAGGCGUUCUCACUCUCCUGGACGUCUUGAGCCACACUCAGAGCAGAGAGGAGGACAAGGCGGACGCCCUCCGGCUUCUGCUCACCGUCUCCAACGCCGGUCGCAAGUACAAAGAGAUUAUCUGUGAAAGCCAUGUGAUAGCAGACUGUCUGGACAGGUCGAACACAGAGGAAGCCCAAGAGACAGUUGGGGCCCUGCUGGAGUCCCUGUCCCAUGGAAAUCCUAAAUAUCAAAAUCAAAUCUACAAAAGCCUCAUCACCCUCAUGGCUUGUAGCUCUCCUAGAGCUCAGCAGCUGGUGCUGCACACCUUACACAUUGUUCAGUCCAGAACGAAGGCGACCCAUCACAGCAUUGUAGAACCUCUGCUGAAUAUGCUCAGAUCCCUGCACCUGGAGGUUCAGGAUGAAGCUGUUACACUUAUCUUAGGCCUGAAGUGUUAUGAUGUGAGAUCAGCACUUCUCAGUGGCCUGGUGGCUCUGCUGAGGCCCAUCAACAAAGAGGCGAAGCAGCACCAGAGCGCAGAAGAGGCGGAGACGAUCACGAUCAUGACCGGAUCCCUGCCUGUGUUUGUGCAACAAGCUGCUGCAGCUAAAGCUAUACGGUUGCUGGCUGAAGAAGAUGAAAAGGUUUCUCGUGAACUUCUCUCUCUCGGAGCGAUCCAGCAUCUACUGUGUGCGUUGGGCAACAGAGAACACACUGAUGCCCAAAUACAAGCCAGUCUGGCCUUGGAGCACUUUGUCCGCUCAUUCCCAGUCAUAGAGGAACACGUGCAGAGAGUUAUGGGCAAUACACUGUUUGCAGCCUUUAUGCACCAAGCUGAGACUUUGUACAUGAAUCUGGAUGAAACACAAGCGGAAAUCCUGCUAACUAAUAAAGUUAACAUAUCUGCAGCUUUGGACGGUGACUGACGGCCGACAAGGGGAACUCUUGAUAAGCAUAAAGAGGAUUACUAAAUAAUUUUAAUGAUACAGAUUAAUACAAAUUCAUAAGACAUUCCUCAAAUGUUGUGUUUGAAGGUUAAUAAAAUACAUUUCACUCCUAAUA